GCAACGUCGCUGCUCGCUUUCCCCCCUUCCUCUCUCAGUCGCACAGUUAUAAAUGUCAUUUCCGGCUUCUAGUCGUGCGUUUCCAUGGUGGAUUGUUGUACAGGAAAGCGAGAGGGAUGGUGAACGGGGACGGCGAUGGUGCCGAGGUUGCUGACGAGUUUCCCGAGCAGUUUCGCUCCUACUCGGAGAAUGACAAGCACUGGCAGGCACGGCGCGCCUUCAUCGUGCGCAAUGUCCCGCCGGGGGACGGGGAGGAGCUCUCUCCGCUGCGCAUGGACCAGCUGCUCUCGCUCUCUAUGGUUUGGGCCAACCAUCUCUUUCUGGGAUGCAGCUACAACCAAGAUCUCUUGGAUAAGGUAACAGAAAUGGCUGAGGGGAUUGAAGUUGAAGAUGCACCACAUUUCACAACCCGUGAUGAAAUAAUGAAAAGGAAUCAACUCUAGUGUCCAAGGGAAGAGACUUUCAUUAUGCUACAAAUCGGCUUACAUGGAAGAAUGUAAUUCUGGAUAAUGGAAGAAACAUCACUUCUGAGAUGCAUUUUAAACUAGCUUGUUUUAUAUUGGAUAUUCUUUUAAAAGUUUUUUUUUAA